CCAUUAUGCAAGUGUCAUUCAAAUCAUCCAGGCGUGAUGGAAGACGAAUCUACCAAGGAAUUAAACAUUUCAGAAAACUCAGUCAGCAGCACACUCGGCUUAACUUGGCAUCAACGAAGAGAUGCAUUUAGUUUCACAUUUAAUCCAAAGGAAGUCUAUCCCACUACCACAAAACGAACAAUUUUGUCUACUGCGUCGUCGCUAUUCGAUCCAAUCGGUCUGCUAUCACCGUUAGUCAUUGUCUCUAAGAUCAUUCUUCAGGAGUUGUGGCUUUUGAAACUCGACUGGGACGAGUCUGUCCCCCAGAAUUUAAGCCACGCAUGGAGCAAGUGUUUGGAAUCGCUGAAUUCACUGUGGUCACUAGCGGUACCUCGUUUUUGUUUGCAGCCUGAUACUAGGAGCAUUCAAAUACAUGGAUUUUGCGACGCAUCGAUUCGGGCAUACGGCUGCUGUGUUUAUGUGCGCACGGAGAAUUCGCUUGGACAGGUCACAGUGAAAUUGUUCACUUCUAAGUCUAGAGUAGCACCAGUGAAGAAACAGUCUCUUCCGAAGUUUGAACUAUGCGGCCCACAUCUACUUUCUCAGUUGUAUAACAAAGUCAAGGCCAUAUUCAGUAAACACACUAUCACAUCUUAUUUUUGGAGCGACUCACAGCUCGUAUUGCAUUGGUUGCAACAACACUCAGUCACCUUAUCGACCUUUGUUGGAAAUCGAGUGGAAAAUGGCUCUAUGUGCCAACACAUCAAAACCCUGCUGAUAUUCUGUCGCGAGGCUGUAACGUGAGCGAGUUGAUUAAGUCUCCAUGGUUUUAAGGUCCUACGUUUCUAGUCGAAGAUUCACUAAACUGGCCCGCCACUGGUGGAAAACUUGAUAUUGACAUGGACGUGGUUAACUCGGAGAAUCGGAAAAGUUUGUUUGCUGCCGUACACGAGACAAAUAAUAUCCUCAACAUCGUCGAUAAUAUCAGCUCGUACACUCACAGUCUGCGUCUCAUUGCUUGGAUGAUUAGGUUCAUAAGGAGAUGUCGGAAGCAAUCGACGUUUACCACAACCUCACCGACGCCAGAUGAACUUCGUUUUGCAUAUCUACGCAUUCGAGGAAAGGGACCUACAAAAGCAUACAUAGCCGUGUUCGUUUGCCUUCUCACCAAGGCCGUUCACAUCGAAGUAGUCUCUGAUUUGUCAACAAAGGCGUUCUUAAACGCAUUGAAACGGAUGGGAGGUCGUCGCACGCUGCCGACAGACAUCUUCUGCGAUAAUGCCACUAACUUUUUAGGGGCAUCGAAUCAACUGCAGGAACUAAAAAAGUUUAUGUUUUUAAAGCAGACCCAAGAUGAAAUCUAUAAAUUUUGCGCAUCUGACUUUAUUAAUUUCCAUUUUAUUCCCCCCAGGGCACCUCAUUUCGGAGGCCUUUGGGAAGCGGCAGUCAAGAGUGCAAAGGGGCUGUUAAAUCGUACGCUGGCCAACACCAGGUUCACCUUCGAAGAGUUGAGCACUGUCGUCGUCGAGAUAGAAUCGAUCCUCAACUCGCGCCCGCUAUCGCCGCUUUCGUCAGACCCAAAUGACUAUAGCACUCUCACGGCUGGUCAUCUCUGGUCACCCUCAACGAACCUCACCGAGGGCACGUUGGUCCUCAUCCAUGAGGACAACCUGCCACCGCUACGCUGGAAACUAGGCCGAGUGCAGUCUACUGUGCUUGGGAAGGAUGGACUUGUACGGGUGGUGCACCUCCGCACUGCAAAUGGAACAUGUUGCAGGCCAAUACACAAGUUGGCAAUUCUUCCGGUGGUUUGAAAGCAGUCCUUUCAACGGGGCCGGGAUGUUCGGUCAAACUCCUUUAAGGAACAAGUAUUCAAAUGACCCUCGUAAAAUAGAGAGCC